CCCCUCCCGGGCAGGUUGGCCGUAGGACUCACGUCCUCGCCGGCCGGUGCUCCCGCCCGGACGCUGUUGCGCCGGCCUCCGCGCGGUAAACGGACGCGCCCCCCGGUGCGCCGUCCCGGCCCCGGGAUGGGCCCCAAGCUCGCAGACUCCGUGGACGAGCUCCGCGCCGCCGGCAACCAGAGCUUCCGCAACGGCCAGUUCGCCGAGGCCACGGUGCUCUACAGCCGCGCGCUGCGGACGCUGCAGGCUCAAGGUGGUUCGAACCCCGAAGAAGAAAGUAUCCUCUUCGCUAACCGCGCAGCCUGCCACUUGAAGGAUGGCAACUGCAGGGACUGCAUCAAAGACUGCACUGCAGCACUGGCCCUGAUGCCCUUCAGCAUGAAGCCCCUGCUGCGGCGGGCAUCGGCCUACGAGGCCCUGGAGAAGUACCCGCUGGCCUAUGUGGACUACAGGACGGUGCUGCAGAUUGAUGACAGUGUGGCGUCGGCCCUGGAAGGCAUCAACCGAAUGACCAGAGCCCUCGUGGACUCGCUGGGGCCCGAGUGGCGCCUGAAGCUGCCCUCUAUCCCCUUGGUGCCUGUCGCAGCUCAGAAGAGGUGGGAUUCUGUGCCUUUGGAGUACCACAAAGAGAUGGCUAAGAGAAAAUUCAGAGAAACCACAACUUCCAAGAGCAGAGCGUCUUCUGCUGGGGAUGUGGAGAGAGCCAGAGUUCUGAAGGAAGAAGGCAAUGAGCUUGUAAAGAAGGGAAACCAUAAGAAAGCUAUUGAGAAGUACAGUGAAAGCCUCUCCUUUAGUGACAUGGAGUCUGCCACAUACAGCAACAGAGCGCUCUGCCAUCUGGCCCUGAAGCAGUACAAGGCAGCAGCGAGGGACUGCACGGAAGCGCUCCGGCUGGAUGGAAAGAACGUGAAGGCCUUGUACCGACGAGCGCAAGCCUACAAGGCCCUCGAGGACUACAAAUCCAGCUUUGCAGACAUCAGCAGCCUUCUGCAGCUUGAGCCCAGGAAUGGCCCUGCCCGGAAGCUGCAGCAGGAAGUUAACCAGAGUUUAAACUAAAGCCCCAGAAGCUCUGGGCUGCUGCCGCCUCCGGCGGGGAGGUGUGCCUAAGCGGUUUUAAGAGUCCGGAGGUGUGGCCCCUCCUGAAGGUGGGAUGGAGAGAAAGGCCUUCUUGAAGUCUGUGGCCUUCCACUCUGGGCAGGGACCUCCUUUUGACCUCAACAGUUGUCUCCCCUAAGCUUCUUGGUUUUUUGUCAUGUGAAGUUAAUUUGAACUAAAAAUGGACUGAUUUUGUUGAACUGUGUCUUCAAGCUAUUGCAUUAAACAUCUUUC